AGGUGGGCGGAGCUUCCCAGUGGCCAUGAUGGAGGACACGGAGCCGGAGCUUUCCCCCGCCCCCUCUGAUCAGAACAGCCCCUGCCCCUCCCCCUCUCUCUCCAUCUCCUCCUCCCCUUCCCUGUCCCUCCCCUCCACCCCCUCCUCCUCCUGCGGCCCCCCCCAGGCCGUCACCCCCCCUCUGGGAGUGAUCAGCGAGGGCGUGGCGGAGCUCAGCCUGGUGAUAGACGCGGAGGUUGCCCACCGGGCGUGUCAGGAGGUUCUGCAGAAGGUGAAGCUGAAGCAGGUGGACAGUGAUGUCACUGACCUGCAGAAUGGGGAGGGGCCGGACUCAGAGCUCCCCGCCGCUCCCUCCUCCGCCGCUCCCUCUCCCCCCGCUGCCCCCGCUCUGAACACCCCAGUGAAACCACUUAAGAUCCGUGAGGAGGAUGACCCAGAGGGUCCGGCCCCCGGCUCAGUAAAGAGCGCCCGGCGGCGGCAGAGACACAAUCCCUCCAAACAGUCGUGGCUGCUCCGCCUGUUUGAGUCCAAGCUGUUUGACGUUUCCAUGGCGAUCUCCUACCUGCACAACUCCAAGGAGCCCGGCGUCCAGGCAUACAUCGGAAACCGGCUCUUCAGCUUCCCCCACGAGGAGGUGGACUUCUACCUGCCGCAGCUGCUCAACAUGUACAUCCACAUGGACGAGGACGUCGGGGACGCCAUCAAACCAUAUGUGGUGCACCGCUGCAGACAGAGUAUCUCCUUCAGCCUGCAGUGUGCCUGGCUGCUGGGAGCGUACUCCUCCGACAUGCACAUCUCCACCCAGCGCCACUCUCGAGGAACCAAACUGAGGAAACUCAUCCUUUCUGACGAACUCAAACCCGCGGGGCCUCGAGCUCGCAGGGACCCUCUGACUCUGACCCCUUUCUGUCCCGUGGCGUCCCCUGCCGCCAUAGGAGAACACGGCCUGUCGCCCUCCAAACGCACACAUCAGCGCUCCAAAUCAGACGCCACAGUCAGCAUCAGUCUGAGCAGCAACCUGAAGAGAACGGCCAGCAACCCGAAGGUGGAGAGCAGCCAGGACGAGGACAGCAGCUCCAGCUCGGACAGUCUGGAGUUUGAGGCUGGUCCUCCGGUGCGUCUGGCUCCUCAGAGGGAGUUCAUAAAGUCUCUGAUGGGGAUCGGGAAGCGUUUGGCGACGCUGCCCACUAAAGAGCAGAAGACCCAGCGGCUGGUCUCAGAACUGUCUCUGCUCAACCACAAACUGCCGGCUCGAGUCUGGCUGCCGACCGCCGCCUUCGACCACCACGUGGUCCGAGUGCCGCACACGCAGGCCGUGGUGUUAAACUCCAAGGACAAGGCUCCGUACCUGAUCUACGUGGAGGUUCUGGAGUGUGAGAACUUUGAGACGUCCAGCGUUCCGAUCCGGAUCCCAGAGAACCGGAUCAGGAGCACCCGCUCUGUGGAGAACCUGCCAGACUGCGGCAUGACGGCGGAGCAGAGAGCCGGCAGCUUCUCCACAGUCCCCAACUACGACAACGACGACGAGGCGUGGUCUGUGGACGACAUCGGCGAGCUGCAGGUGGAGCUCCCAGAGAUCCACACCAACAGCUGUGAUAACAUCAGUCAGUUCUCAGUGGACAGUAUCACCAGUCUGGAGAGCAAAGAGCCCAUUUUCAUCGCUGCUGGAGACAUCAGGCGGCGUCUGUCAGAGCAGCUGGCUCAGGCUCCCACCACCUUCAAACGGGACCCUGAGGACCCUUCAGCUGUGGCUCUGAAGGAGCCCUGGGAGGAGAAGGUCCGGAGGAUCAGGGAAGGCUCUCCGUACGGUCACCUCCCUUACUGGAGGCUGCUGUCUGUCAUUGUUAAAUGUGGAGACGACCUGAGACAGGAACUGCUCGCCUUCCAGGUGCUGCAGCAGCUCAAGUCUAUCUGGGAGCAAGAGCGCGUCCCCCUCUGGAUAAAGCCCUAUAAGAUUCUGGUUCUGUCGUCGGACAGCGGGAUGAUCGAGCCCGUGGUGAACGCCGUAUCCCUCCACCAGGUGAAGAAACAGAGCCAGCUGUCUCUGCUAGACUACUUCCUGCAGGAACACGGAACACCAACCACCGAGGCCUUCCUGUCCGCUCAGAGGAACUUUGUCCAGAGCUGCGCUGGAUACAGCCUCAUCUGUUACCUGCUGCAGGUCAAAGAUAGGCACAACGGGAACAUCCUGCUGGAUGCUGAAGGUCACAUCAUCCACAUCGACUUCGGCUUCAUCCUGUCCAGCUCUCCCAAAAACCUCGGCUUCGAAACGUCCGCCUUCAAGCUCACCACAGAGUUUGUGGACGUGAUGGGCGGCUCAGACGGAGACAUGUUUAACUACUACAAGAUGUUGAUGCUUCAGGGUCUGAUAGCAGCCAGGAAACACAUGGACAGAGUGCUGCAGAUAGUGGAGAUCAUGCAGCAAGGGACCCAGCUGCCCUGUUUCCAUGGCUCCAGCACCAUGCGAGGCCUGAAGGAGCGCUUCCACAUGAGUCUGACGGAGGAGCAGCUGCAGCUGUUGGUGGACCAGCUGGUGGACGGAUCCAUGAGGUCACUGACCACCAAACUGUACGACGGCUUCCAGUACCUCACCAACGGCAUCAUGUGACCUCUGACCCCUGUGUGUGUGUGUGUGUGUGUGUGUGUGUGUGUGUGUGUGUGUGUGUGUGUGUGUGUGUGUGUGUGUGUGUGUGUGUGUGUGAGAGCAGUGAACAAAUACAGACUGAGGAGGCUGAUGAUCCUCCCACUGCUGACCAUGAGCCUCUCUUCUCCUCUUCCUCCUCUUGUUCUGUUUGUUUCUCUUGUUUUAUCCUCUUUUCUUUUUCUUCUUUUCCUCCUCUUCUUCAUCCUCUUCCUCCUCUUCCUCUUCCAUAUUUGGGCACAUGUCCCUGAUUGGCUGCUCAGCCGGACUCUUGGCCAAUCAGAGAGCCCGGUUUUAGUUUGAAAUGUGAACAGUUUUUACAGGUAGAAGCAGGUUGCCAUAGCAACCAUUAAAGGACCAUCCCGCUGUUUUUCCAUGUUUUAACUUUACUGACUGUAAACCAGUUUGACCAGUUUGACCAUUAAAACCAACCAGUGUCGACCUACA